UCUCUUGCGUGGAGGUCUAGAGUUGCAUUGCUCUGGUUUUUUACUUUCUCCUGCUCUGGAGUUUAGCUGCUCUCUCUGAAUCAGGCCAAGCAACUGUUGGAAUUGCAUGCACCGCUAGCACUUAGAGAGUGAGCAUAGAGCAGCAUGGCUGAGCAAGAAGUUAGUGGCUUGCAAGUUCUUCUCUCUACGCUUCAGAGUUCCUAUGAUAAGGAUGUGAUUCUGAAUAUCCUGGGUGUUCUCACAUGCCUCCUUUCUGUUGGGACAAACAGGAGGCUUCACUACACAAUUAGCAAAGGCGGCAGCGAAGCACUUCUGCAGGCUCUGGUGAAUGCGACACAAACUCCCACACCGGACUAUGACAUCCUCUUGCCCCUGUUUCGUCUACUGGCCAAAGUUGGCCAAAAAGAUAAGAAGUUUGGGCUGAAGGCACAAAGACUGGAAGUGAUUGAUAUGACACUCAGCUUGGCAAGGAAAAAUCUAAAUCAUCACCAGAAUCUCACCCACUGCCUUUGGGCACUGCAUGUUUAUGCCUCUAGUGUUACCGUGGGAACCAUGUUGGGAGUGAAUGGAGCCAUGGAGCUGCUGUUCAAAGUCAUUACACCUUACACCAAGAAGCACACCAGAACGACAAGGGCAGCAGUUGAAGCUCUGGCAGCUUUGUUGAAAUCAAAGUCGAAUAGCCGACGAGCCGUGAACAGAGGCUAUAUUCAUAAACUGCUCCGGAUGUACCAGGACUGGCAUCACCACGAUACUUCCAACAGUUAUGUCCACAUCCGGAGGGGUCUCCUGCUUUGCCUCAAGCACAUCACCAAUGUCCGGUCUGGCAGAGAAGCAUUCCUCCUCGCACAUGGCAUGGAGACUCUCUUUCAAACAACCCAGGACUGCUUGGUCAGCAAGAGUCUGGAUCCAAUAGUCAAUACGGUGAUUCAGAUCCUGAGGAAAACCUACCCCAAGAUGCCACUUCCUUCAGCUACUCUCAGCAGCUUCUAUUCCUUUCCCAUCCCUGGGGCAACUGGACAUCCAAAGUCGGAAGAUGAGUGUGAAUAUGAUGUUGAAGAAGAAAUCGAGAAGGACAUAGAGAAUGAGGAUGUGGAGAAUAAGGAGGAAGACGAUGACUUAGAGACAGAUGUUGAGAAGCUCAUGUCAAAACCGGAGCUUGACCGGCCUGAAUCAGAACUCAAACAGUAUGAGGCCAUGUGUCCAGAACUUUGCUGCAACUUUCUGGAGUUGGAAUCGGAGUCUGGAGAUGAGCUAAACUCUGAGGAUGUUCCUGGGAUCCUGACGGGCUCCUGCCUCCACCUCAUUCCAAACGCUGCUCCCUCAAAGCACCAGCCCAAAUGCAGAGAAAAGGACCAAUUCGCUGAAGAUGGAAAACUGCCCCAAAGGGCUUCUGGAGUUCCAGUACAGAGCUGGGUGAAAAAAGAGAAUCCGUCUCAAGGACUUGAGAAAGUGGCUUGUGAUGAGUCAAAGCCUUUGGAGGGUUUCUUCAGAGAUGGUGACGUCCCAGACAAAGGCUGUGCAACCUCUCUGCACACUUUCCCCAAGGACAUAUUGAGGAAUAGAACAACUUCUCAGCCUCAGCAUACGAACUCCUGCAGGCCCAGUUGCCAAAAAACCGUGGAGGCUUCUGAGGUUGUGAGAAAGCUUUUGGAGAGACACCCGGGGAAUAUCCCUUUUCACAACCCCCGCUUCUACAUGGCAAGGGCUGGCUCCACACAGUCCAUUCCAGACUACAGAGUGUUGGCAUUCCCAGAUUUCUGGGGUCACCAACCAUGUCCUUAUAGCCAGUCUGUUCAGCAGAGGAGAUAUGGCAUCCAAAAGGCCAAAAUAUUUGAUGAUGUCCGUCGUGUCAUCCAGCCAGCUGAUAUAAUCAAUCGAGUUGUCUUUGACUUGGAUAGCUCCAGCUCCUUGAGCUCGGAUGCUCCAGAAUGCCUAAAGUUCUUCUCCAAAUUUGAAUCUGGAAACCUACGCAAGGCUAUCCAAAUGCGGGAGUUUGAGUACGACUUGAUCCUCAACCCUGAUGUCAACAGCUCCCAGCAUCACCAGUGGUUCUACUUUGAGGUCAGUGCCAUGAAGUCAGCUACACCCUAUCGCUUCAACAUCAUCAACUGUGAGAAGCCUAACAGCCAGUUUAAUUUUGGCAUGCAACCGGUCAUGUAUUCAGUGAAGGAAGCUCUCCAGGGCAGACCUCACUGGAUUCGGGUGGGCUAUGAUAUCUGUUAUUACAAAAACCACUACCAAAAUUGCACAGUGGCUGCAGCUUCAAGGGAAACCCAUGGGAAAUCCUGCUACACACUUACUUUCAGCAUUGUUUUCCCUCAUAAGGAAGAUGUCUGCUACCUGGCAUACCAUUAUCCCUACACCUACUCUGCUAUGAUGUCUCACCUUGACAUCUUGGAGCAAGCCAGGAAUGCAAAGAAAGUCUUCUUCAGGAGGCAGACUCUGUGUCACACUCUGGGAGGAAACCCCUGUCCCCUGCUGACAAUCACAGCCAUGCCUGAGUCAGAAAGCAGCGAUGAUCUGGAGCAGUUCCGUGACCGUCCUUAUGUGGUGCUCAUGGCAAGGGUCCACCCUGGAGAGAGCAAUGCCAGCUGGGUAAUGAAGGGGACACUUGAGUUCCUGCUCAGCAACGACCCCAUUGCAGAUCUCCUGAGGCAAUGCUUCAUCUUCAAGGUCAUCCCCAUGCUGAAUCCAGAUGGGGUCAUCAAUGGCAAGUGA